AUCCAGAGGGAAUACCUCACAGAUAAAAAUGCUCUUGGCCGGUUUAAUAACCCUCUUGUUGGGGAUAGCUGCGGCUAAAGACACUUAUGUCGUUAUUACGCCUAAAGACGUCCGCCCGGGAGUGCCCCUGAACAUCAGUGUCAAUAUUCUACAUGCGACUGGCGAUGUGCACGUCACAGCUAAACUCAUCCGUGUGACCGACAAAUCGGUGAAAGCCUCUUCGUCUGCAACUUUCCAACAACAUGUCCCUGACACCAUGCGAAUUAUGGUCCCAGAUACGAUUCCAAUCGGGACGUACCAGCUUACAGUUGAAGGUUCCAAUGGUCUCACUUUCACAGACAAAACAAAUCUUCAUUACGCUUCCAAGGGCAUGUCUAUCUUUAUACAGACGGAUAAAGCCAUGUACAAACCUGGCCAAACAGUCAAUUUCCGAACAUUCGCCAUUUAUCCCAAUUUGACAGUUUACAGUGGGCCCAUGGACAUUGAGAUUUACGAUCCAAACAGCAAUAAAAUUAAGCAAUGGUUUGGACUGAAAGACGCCAGCGGGGUACUUACUAAUUUUAUGGCAAUGGACACGAAACCGGUACUGGGAGACUGGAAAAUCCGUGUCAAGACACACGGUUUGACCAAAGACAAGAUGUUUGCAGUUGCUCACUAUGUCUUACCGAAAUUCGAAGUAAUCGUUGACUUGCCGUCGUAUGAGUUGACGUCAGCAACAGACAUUAAAGGAACAGUGAAGGCAAAAUAUUCCUAUGGAAAGCCGGUGAAUGGAACUGUGAAAAUCCGAGCCCACAUAUUACACUAUCAUCCGACACCUAUUCCAACCAUCGAACUGACAAUGGACAUCAACGGGGAAGCCAAGUUUACACUGCCUGUGUCGGGACUGACCAGUCACACCUACCAUACCUCAGUAAACGGCCGUAACGUCGUGGUAGAGGCCAACGUUACAGAGAGUCUUACACAGAUUACUCUCGACGGGACUAGUAAGGUGUAUUUCUACACCCACGCCGAGAAGAUAGAACUUCUUACGUCCAUCCAUACACCAUUUAAGCCUGGUCUUCAGUACAUCGCUUUUGCCAAAGUGGUCCAACAAGAUGACAUGCCAUUGGCCGCGGGCUCCAACAAGUCGUUAAUCGUACAUACGAGGGUAACAACCAUCCUGCCUGAGACAGCUACACCUAUAAAUUACUAUUAUCCACGAACAAUGAACUAUCAACUGCCUGAUCAGAGCUUCACUGUCACAGAUACAGGACUUGUCCAGGCUAAGAUCGACAUUCCACACAAUGCAACCAGUAUUUCCUUAAACUUUAAGUAUGAUAGCCAAAUUACGCCAUAUCAAUACCCGUCAAAGAGCUAUUCUCCUUCGGACAGCUUCAUGCAGAUAUUCCUGGAGUCGAAUAACCUACAGGCUGGCCAUGACAAAGUAGUGGAUUUCCGAGUAGUGUCCACCUCACCAAUCGACAAGUUAAUUUAUCAGGUGUUUGGCCGAGGAAGUAUCGCAGUGUCAGGAUCUAUUAAUGGCAACAACGCAAAAGAAUUCACAUUCCACGUCCCUAUGAAUGCUAAGAUGGCACCAAAUGCGAAAAUCGUUGUGUACUACGUCAGAGCUGAUGGAGAAAUCGUCACAGACAGCAUAAGCUUUGACGUUUCUGGAACUUUUGAAAACGAGGUAUCCAUUCGGUUCGACAAAACCAAAGCCCAGCCUGGUGAAGGAAUCAAUGUUGACGUUACAGCUGAUCCUAACUCCGUCGUCAACCUAUUAGCCGUAGAUCAGAGUGUGCUUCUCCUUAAGAGCGGAAAUGACAUCACGCCUACAGAGGUCGUUGAUGAACUGAAGUCGUAUGACACCAUUGUACAUUCCAACAAUGGCGGCCACAUAUUCAUCGGAUUCGUGCCUGAGCCUGUGCCUAUGAUAUGGCGGCCUUUCACAAAUUAUUAUGGAGUAUCCGACGCCGAACAGAUUUUCAAGGACGCCGGAGUAAAUGUUAUGACUGAUGCGCUAGUACAUCACCAUGUGGGGCCGGGUACAUACUGUGCGACCGAUUUCGCAAACCUACCACCAAUAUGUACAGGUCCGAGUGGUAAACCCACGGCUGGGCCUGGAUUGGGACCAGGCGGUGCUAUGGAUUCUGGUGCGGCUGCUGGCAUGGCCACUGGUGGUAUAGGAGGAACCUCUGUGCUGAAAGAAGUGGAGACAAUUCGCUCCGAUUUCCCAGAAACAUGGCUAUGGAUCAACAAAACUGUCGGACCUGACGGCCACGUGACCAUUGCUGCCACAAUCCCGGAUACGAUUACGUCAUGGGUUGCCAGUGCCUUUGCUGUCCACGCCACCAGUGGCCUCGGAAUCGCCCCAACAAGCGCAAAGGUUGAAGCCUUCAGACCAUUCUUUGUCAGCCUGACAUUGCCUUACUCAGUUGUAAGAGGAGAACAACUCGUACUGCAGGCCAAUGUUUUCAACUAUAUGACUAUGGAUAUGGACGUCAUUGUAACAUUAGAAAAGAAUGAUGAUCUGGUAAAUGUCGUAUUCGGUACACAUGGGACAGAGUCCUACAUCGCCCAGACAACAACAAAGACUGUACACGUAACAGCUGGUGGAACAAAGUCUGUGUUUUUCCCUGUGGUUCCUGCCGGCCUUGGUUCUGUCAGUAUUAACGUGAAGGCCCAGUCUACGUUGGCCGCCGACGCUGUUAGGCGACAACUCCUUAUUGAGGCUGAAGGUGUCCCGAAAGAGUACAAUAUACCGAUGCUUGUUGACCUGAAACACAACACCAACUUCGCGGAGACAGUUGAUGUCACAUUACCUGCUGGGGUCGUCGCCGGAUCACAGCGAGUGCGUGUCUCGGCUAUCGGAGACUUAAUGGGACCAACGGUCAAUGGGCUAGAAAAACUUUUGCGCAUGCCAACCGGAUGUGGAGAACAGACGAUGUUAGGUUUCGCACCUGAUGUGUUUGUAACUAACCAUCUCACCGACACCCACCAGUUGACAUCAAGUGUCGAGGGGAAAGCGAUCAACUUCAUGGAGAAAGGAUACCAAAGAGAACUUACUUUCCAGCACACGGAUGGAUCAUUCAGUGCUUUCGGAGACAGUGACCCAUCGGGCAGUAUGUGGCUAACGGCUUUUGUGGCGAAGUCAUUCCACCAGGCGAAACGUCAUGUCUUUAUCGAUGAUGAAACUCUAACCAGAGCUAUUGAUUGGAUGAUAAACCGCCAGGCAGCAAAUGGUUCCUUCCCAGAACCUGGCCGUAUCAUCCAUAAGAACAUGCAGGGUGGAUCUGCCUCUGGUGCUUCUUUGACCGCCUUCGUCCUUAUCGCCUUACUGGAGAACAGUGACCUGCAAGGAGGUGUGCACCAGAGGAUACAAUCAUCAGCAAGCAAAGCCCAGACAUACCUGGAGGGAGAGGUUUUCGCCAUGACAGAUCCCUACGGCCUAUCCAUUUGCAGUUACGCAUUGACUUUAGCAAGAAGCCAUUCCUCAGCAACAACCUUCCAUAAACUCAUGGCCACAGCAGUUACUAAAGACGGUAUGACCCACUGGCAUGAACCAGAAUCAGCCUCAUCCUCAACCGGCCACUACUGGUCCCCACCCCAUCAGCAAUCCAAGCCAGUGGAUAUUGAGAUGACGUCAUAUGGCCUAAUGGUGUUUGCUCACAACGGUCAGUUUACUGAAGGGCUUCCUUUCAUGAAAUGGAUCACAAAGCAGAGGAAUCCCAAUGGCGGCUUUUCUUCAACUCAGGAUACCGUAUUAGCACUACAGUCCUUGUCCGAGUUCGCUCGUAUCGGAUAUUCUGAACACUUCCACAUGCAAAUCGGAAUCACAGCUGGACAAACUACUCACACGUUUAACGUCACCAGACAGAAUGCAUUGGUACUUCAAUCAUUGGAACUCCGUUCCAUACCAAGCCACGUGACUGUUACAGGAACCGGAAGUGGAAUGGGCCUAGUCGAGGUAUCUGUAUUCUUUAAUGUUGAGCAAGAGGUCGAACAGCCAUCAUUUGAAGUUGAUGUUACGAUUAUAGAAGAAACAAUCAACUCCCUAAAAGUCCGAUCCUGUACAAAGUGGCUGAAAACUGGAGCCAGCGGAAUGGCCGUGCAGGAAGUUGGCGUGCCGACCGGUUUCGCCCCUGAUCUUGAAAGCAUUGGGAAAAUAGCCACCCUGAAAAAGACUGAGAUGGAAAAUCGCAAGGUCAUUUUGUACUUUGACGAGAUUACCACGACCCCCCUGUGUGUAACUAUGGAUGCCUUCAGGACGGACAAAGUUGCCAAGUCGAAGCCGGCUCCUAUCAGAGUCUAUGACUACUAUGAGCCAAGUAACCAAGUAACGACGUUCUACCAAUCCACAGUGCUGAAGAACUCUGGUGUCUGUGAUAUCUGUAAUGAAUGUGGCUGUGAUGGACAACAUGAGACUGAAAUAAUGAAAAAUGGCCAAAGUUAGUUCUGCAUGAAUUUUUAUAUCUUAUGUAUACAUUACUUUUUGCAUUGUUCUCUCUGUAAAUAAAAGAAAUGAUUUUU